AUGGUUCGCGUCGUCUCUACUCUACUCCUGGCCUCUUUGGCCUCCACAUUCGCGUGGGCCGAUACCAUCAAAUGCGAUGCGAAUAACAAAUGCCCGGAGAAAUACCCUUGCUGCUCUCAAUAUGGUGAAUGUGGAACCGGUGCUUACUGUCUUGGCGGUUGCGAUCCGUUGCAGUCGUUCAGCCUAGACGCCUGUGUCGCCGAGCCUGUUUGCAAGAGUAAGACCUACAAGUGGGAUAAUCUGGACAGUGCUGCACUGAACACCAAGUAUCUUGGCAAUGCGUCGGAGGCCGACUGGGUGUACAGCGGUUUCCCCAAGGUGGAGAAUGGUAACCUACUCCUUACCAUGCCCAAGAACAGUGUGGGCACCUUGUUCGCCAACAACCAUUACGUCUGGUAUGGUAAGAUCAAGGGCAAGGUAAAGAGCAGCCGUGGCAAGGGCGUCGUGUCGGCUUUCAUCCUACUAUCAGACGUCAAGGACGAAAUUGAUUUCGAAUUUGUCGGCUACGAUCUAGACAACGUGCAGACCAACUACUACUGGCAGGGUGUUCUUGACUACAACAAUGGUGGAAAGGCUCCUACAGGCACCAGCACUUUCGACGAAUGGCACGAGUAUGAAAUCGACUGGAAGCCCGAUGCGAUCACCUGGUCCGUCGACGGAACCGUCAAACGGACUUUGACCAGGGAGUCGACCUGGAAUGAAACUGCCAAGCGCUAUCAGUACCCCCAGACCCCCUCGAGAAUGCAGUUGUCUCUGUGGCCGGCCGGUCAGGCAAGCAACGCCAAGGGCACCAUCGAGUGGGCCGGUGGUGAGAUUGACUGGGACAGCGAGGACAUCAAGGAUAAGGGUUAUUACUAUGCGGAAUUCGGCGAGAUCACCGUGGACUGCUAUGACCCUCCCAAGAACUCUGGAGAUGGCAAGAAGUCCUACAUCUUCACGAAGAGCGACGGCUUGGAAGGCUCCGUCAAGAUGACUAACAAUGACACCGUGCUAGCCUCUCUUGGGGCUACCGGCCUCGACCCGGAUCUCGGUGCCAGCUCUUCUGCGUCCUCGUCUUCGAGCUCGCCCACAGGCAAUAGUGUCCCUGAAAACCGCGGUGGCUCCGGUAACGAGCCGGGUGCAUCCAACAGCACCAGCAACGGUGGCAGUGGCAGUGGCAGUGGCGGUUCUAGCGGCGGUGGCAGCGGCAGCGGCAACAGCGAUUCUGGAUUCAGUCAGGGAAACAGUGAUGACAGCAGCAGCAGCAGCAAUAAAUCGAAUGGCGCCGCGUCUACCAAUGAACGUGUCAUGAAGGGCUCAUUCUUCGCCGUGUUGGUCGCUAUCGUUGUUCUGGUUACUCUGUGA